UUGGUUUCAAGUCUACAGUACGCCCUCAAGUUGGUGAGAGAUGGACUAUAUACAUAUGCCAAGUGUAAUCCAAGCUACAAGAAAGACACAAGAAGAAAUCUUCUGAUUCACAUAUAAUACACAAUCCUCUCUCUGUUUUUGCUCAAUUCUCAAAUACCCAUUUUAAUCUUUUUCUCCGUUUUUUUCUUUCUUGUUUUCACAAUCUUCUUCUUGUCUUUUUAUGGCGAGAACUUGUGGGAUGCUUGAAGCUAUUCAUACUGCUGCUGCUGCUGCUUCUACUGUUGCUGCUGUGCCAAACUCAACCGAGUUGAAGAUGGAACUGCAGAGUCUCAUGAACCAAAUUCUUGAUGGGGAAGAUCAUAGCUUGGAGAUUACUGUUGAAGUUUUAAAGAUUUUGACUGCUUUGGAGGAAUUGAAAAAGAAAUCAUCUGAUUCUUUGAAGGUGAUUGAUGACAAUGCGAUUGUCCCUGAUGAAUUUAAAUGCCCCAUUUCAAGAGAGCUCAUGGCUGACCCUGUCGUUUUGGCUACUGGGCAGACUUAUGAUCGAGCAUUCAUUCUCCGAUGGUUAAAUGAUGGACACCGGACAUGUCCUCAAACUCGGCAAGUCCUCUCCCAUACUAUCCUUACCCCUAAUCACUUGGUGCGAGAAAUGAUUUCCCAUUGGUGCGAGAAGCAUGGUGUUGAGGUCCCCAGGCUGAUUAGUGAUGUUGAGGACAAUGUGGUUGGUGAUGCAGACAGAGACUACUUGAAUUCACUGCUCGAAAAGAUGUACUCUUCCCUCUCUGAUCAAAAAAAGGCCGCAAAAGAGCUUCGGCUGCUAACGAAAAGGAUGCCAUCGUUUCGUGCACUUUUCGGUGAGCUAACCGGUUCCAUUCCCAAAUUAUUCAGUCCACUGUCACUAGGCACAGCUGAUUCUCAUCCUGAUCUCCAAGAGGAUUUGAUUACUACAUUUUUGAACCUCUCCCUUCAUAAUGAUAAUAAGCAAUUAAUUGCUGAAAAUCUAUUUGUCAUUCCUCUGCUUAUUGAAGCUUUGAAAUCUGGAACCAUGGAAACAAGAAGUAAUGCUGCUGCAGCUUUGUUUAGCCUAUCAACUCUUGAUUCGAACAAGAUUUUAAUUGGGAAAUCAGGUGCUCUCAAAGCUCUGAUUGACCUUUUAGAGGAAGGGCAUCUAUUAGUCAUGAAGGAUGCUGCAUCUGCAAUAUUCAACCUAUGCAUUGUCCCGGACAAUAAAGCGCGAGCAGUCCAUGACGGAGCAGUCAGGGUGAUCUUGAAAAAGAUCAUGGAGAAUGUACUCGUCGACGAGUUGUUAGCUAUCCUUGCUAUGCUUGCUAGCCAUCAGAAAGCUGUUGAGGAAACGAGGGAGCUCGGUGCUGUGAGUUGCUUGCUCAGCAUUAUCAGGAGAGGAACUUCCGAACGCAACAAGGAGUACUGUGCAGCAAUCUUACACACAGUCUGUCUGAAUGACAGAACGACAUGGAGGGAGUUUAAGGAUGAGGAAAAUGGCAACCACACACUUUCUAAACUUGCUGUAAAUGGUAAUUCAAGAGCCAGGAGAAAGGCCAAAGGAAUUCUUGAGAGGCUGAUAAAUACAAGCUCAGUUUCCUGUAAAAAGUUGACAUGCAUGUUCUCAUACCAGGCGAGUUUUGGUCCAAUCUGAGGCUAAUAGAUAAGCAAAAAGCAAUGAAUACAUUAGUAAUUUGUGGUGAGUAGUUUAGUGCAUUGAGAUACUGUUAUUACUUGGUUAAAGAAAUCCCAACAGAAGAUUGUGAAAUGUUUUGGAUUGUUUGAGGUCAUUAUGAUUAUUGACAUUGUUGAAAUGUAAGAAAAGCAGGCAGCUGCAGCCUGUAGGGCCCAUUGAAUGGAAAUAAGAGUCACAGAUUAA